CCGGGGCGGGGAGGGGAAGCGCGCCGCCGAGGGGCGGGGGCGGCUGGGAACCGAGGAGAGGGGGCGCGGCGCAAUGGAGCCGCCGAGAAGGAGCCGAGCGGCUCGCCCGGGGCCGUGAGAGGCUCCGCGAACAAAAGGGCAGAGGGUGCAGGCCAUGCCGCCUCGGGCCGCCGCCGCCCGACCCCGCGCUGCGCCGCCUGCCGCCCCCGCUCGGCCGGGCGCCCCCGAGAUGCGCCCCGGAGCCCGCGGAGCCGCGGCCCGCGGGGAGGUGACCUGGAGCUGCACUUGGUGCUGACACGAUGACAGUGUGUGGGACAGCCACGGGCAGCCACAGCCAGACUGGAAACCUGAGCUGCAAACUGGCUGGCAAGGUCAAGGUGGAAGGUCCAAAGGCUGGGGAAGACCCUCCAAGGCAGCCAUUCAGGUCUUCCAGUGGGAACAACUCCCCAGGAGCCCUGAGGCCCUCCAUCCUUUUCCUAGAGACUGAUCAGGAUUCACCCUUCAGAAGGAGCCCCCUGGCAACCCUCAAUAACCUGAUGCUAGAGUCAAGAGUGGACUGUUUUCAGCAGAACAUGCUCAGCCCAAAAAUGAUCCUCAGCGAUCCAGCUUCAGAUCUCUGUGCUCAAGAAGCCAGCAGGGCCAUGAAGAGGCAGCCCAGUGGGGUCCAGAAACCCUGCCCUUCCGCCAGAGUCAGUGCCCAGCACAAGUCCCUCAGCAUCAAGGACAAGAUAUCAGAAUGGGAAGGGAAAAAGGAGUUUCCCACCCCUGCACCAGGCAGGAAAGCAGAUGGACAAGAGGAUUAUAUGACGUCCUGUGUGAUGGAGAGGAGGAGAAGCAGUGAUGGUGUAAGAACCCGGGUCACCGAGGCUAAGAAUGGAACUAAGUCAGAAGUGGAGAGCAAAGAGAAUGAGAGGAAUAAAGGGAUAGUGCAAGUUGUCGGACAGGAUGCAGAGCGGAGGCAAGACCUGGCCCCACCAAAUGGGGAGCUGGAUCCUGGUUUGGGCAGAGGCAGAGAACCAAGGCUAGGCAAACAACGCUUUCAGAAUGAUAACCUCUCUGUGCUGAAGCAGGUCAAGAGACUUGAGCAGGCUUUGAAGGAUGGGUCUGCGGGGCUGGAUCCCCAGUUACCAGGGACUUGUUAUUCCCCACACCGCCUGCCUGACAAGGCAGAGGAGGGGCCCAACCUUCCUGAGAACCGUGGAGUGGGGGCUGGCUCGGAAUUCAGCAGGAGAUUCCACAGCUUGGACCUGGAAGGCAGGGAGCCCACCCCUGAGGCUGCAGAGGAAAGAAAAGGCUCAUGUGGGAAGCCCUGGGACCAGAGCUUAGAGAGCAUGUAUGGGGGGACUGAGGAGCCCCCCGCAAAGCCCUUCAUCAACCCUCUGCCAAAACCUCGGAGAACGUUCAAACAUGAGGGAGAAGGGGAAAAGGAUGGGAACCAAGGCAUUGGCUUCAGGAAAGAUGGAAGAAACCUGCCUCCUCUGCCCUCUCUACCUCCCCCUCCCUUGCCCUCCUCUCCUCCCCCUCCCUCGGUGAACAGAAGACUGUGGAAUGGGAGACAGAAAUCCAGUGCUGACCACAGAAAGUCAUAUGAGUUUGAAGACUUACUGCAGUCUUCUUCUGAGAACAGCAGGGUGGACUGGUAUGCACAGACUAAAUUGGGGCUCACACGCACUUUAUCGGAGGAGAACGUCUACGAAGACAUCCUAGAUCCGCCCAUGAAGGAAAACCCUUAUGAGGACAUUGAGUUACAUGGUCGCUGCCUGGGGAAGAAGUGUGUCUUGAACUUUCCUGGUUCUCCCACCUCUUCCAUCCCCGACACACCCACCAAGCAGUCAAUGUCCAAACCAGCUUUCUUCUGGCAAAAUUCAGAGAGGAGGAACUUCAAACUGCUGGACACGAGGAAGCUAAGCCGUGAUGGAACUGGGUCCCCUUCCAAAGUCAGCCCCCCUUCCACUCCCAGCAGUCCUGAUGACACCUUCUUCAAUCUUGGAGACCCACAGAAUGGCAAGAAGAAGAAAAAGAUACCCAAGCUGGUGUUGCGAAUCAACGCCAUUUAUGAGGCCCGGAGAGGAAAGAAACGGGUGAAGAGGCUGUCCCAGUCGACAGAGAGCAACUCAGGAAAAGUGACAGAUGAGAACAGUGAGUCUGACAGUGACACCGAGGAGAAGCUAAAAGCUCAUAGCCGCCGUCUCGUCAAUGUGAAGUCACGCCUGAAGCAGGCUCUUCGGUACCCAUUGCUAGACCGGGAUCUCAUCGAGUACCAGGAGAGGCAGCUCUUCGAGUACUUUGUGGUCGUGUCAUUGCACAAGAAGCAGGCAGGGGCUGCCUACGUGCCAGAACUCACCCAGCAGUUCCCUCUGAAGCUGGAAAGGUCAUUCAAGUUCAUGAGAGAGGCUGAGGACCAGCUGAAGGCUAUUCCCCAAUUCUGUUUCCCCGACGCCAAGGACUGGACGCCUGUCCAGCAGUUUACCAGUGAAACAUUCUCAUUUGUCUUAACUGGAGAAGACGGGAGCAGAAGGUUCGGUUAUUGCCGAAGACUGCUGCCUGGUGGCAAAGGGAAGCGUCUCCCUGAAGUUUACUGCAUAGUGAGCCGCCUGGGGUGCUUCAGUCUCUUCUCAAAGAUCUUAGAUGAGGUAGAAAAACGACGAGGCAUCUCUCCUGCCCUGGUGCAGCCCCUCAUGAGGAGUGUUAUGGAAGCCCCUUUCCCGGCUCUGGGCAAAACCAUCGUUGUCAAAAACUUCUUGCCAGGAUCAGGCAUUGAGGUGAUUGAACUGUGUCGCCCGCUGGACUCCCGGCUUGAACACGUGGAUUUUGAAUCUCUCUUCUCCUCUCUCAGCGUCCGCCACCUGGUCUGUGUUUUUGCUUCCCUGCUUCUGGAAAGGAGGGUCAUCUUCAUUGCAGACAAGCUCAGCACCCUGUCCAAGUGCUGCCACGCGAUGGUGGCGCUCAUCUACCCCUUCGCCUGGCAGCACACCUACAUCCCCGUGCUGCCGCCCUCUAUGAUCGACAUCGUGUGCUCGCCAACCCCCUUCCUCAUCGGGCUGCUCUCCAGCUCGCUGCCGCUGCUCAGGGAGCUGCCUCUGGAGGAGGUCCUUGUGGUUGACCUCGUCAACAAUCGCUUCCUUAGACAGAUGGAUGACGAGGAUUCCAUUCUGCCCCGGAAGCUUCAGGUAGCCCUGGAACACAUCCUGGAACAGAGGAAUGACCUGGCUAGUGACCAGGACGAAGGGCCUCUGGACUGUAGGCAUGGCCCCGAUUCCAGCCCCUUGAACGAGGUGGUGUCAGAAGCCUUUGUCCGCUUCUUCGUGGAGAUUGUGGGCCACUACUCCUUAUUCCUGACGUUGGGCGAGCGUGAAGAGAGGACCCUGCAGCGAGAGGCCUUCCGCAAAGCCGUCUCUUCCAAGAGCCUCCGCCGUUUCCUGGAGGUCUUCAUGGAAACCCAGACGUUUCGGGGCUUCAUUCAGGAGCGGGAGCUGCGCCGGCAGGAUGCCAAGGGUCUGUUUGAGGUCCGAGCCCAAGAGUACCUGGAAACACUCCCCAGUGGAGAACACAGCGGGGUCAAUAAGUUCCUGAAAGGACUAGGCAACAAAAUGAAGUUUCUCCACAAGAAGUAAUUCUCCGCUCAGCCUCAAGAGAAAAUUACAUCCGAGUGCAACCACAUGUGUUAAGAAAAGUUGCUGUUGGCUUUUCUGAAAGGUUUGGAUCUUUGGUUGCCCCAGGUGCUGGGAUAAAGCCCAGGAUGGUUUCAGGCCCACACUGGAGAGCCAGAAGGCCCCCGCUUCUUCAGAACAGCUCUGGAAAGGGCACCUGAGAACAGGCGCGUCGCCGACAUUCAAAUAGGUUGUUUUGGUUGUUGGUUUUUUCGUUUUUUUAAUAUUAGAUAUUAAAAAAAGAAAAGUGUUUGGGUUUUCUUUUUAUUAUGCCAGAGCUAAGAAAAUCUACCCUGCCCUACUUCAUCUUUCCCUGUUCAUCCUGUCUGGCAGCUCAGCUGGAGCCAGGAGGAAAGGAGGACUUGGGAAGGAGGAAAGACCAGGGAAUUAGAACAAAGGAGCUCCCCUAGGCGGAACUCGGGACAAAUGCAGGAGGUUAGGGGCGGAGGAAGGAGGAAGGGCGGCAGGUUUCAGGGUGUGUGUCCCCUGCUGGAAUAGAGCUGAAAGGAAGAACCAGGAGCUUUUGGCUUCAUGGGAUGAGCUGCUUUUCCAGCCAGUCAGUGAUGCCACCUGGUGGCCAAGACCUUUUUUUCCCAUCCCAAAUGGACCCAUGCUUUUUUGACGGCCUUUUUUCUCUUAGAAGCCAUGGAACUAUCUAUGCCACAGCAGUCCAUGACUUUAAUCUGUACAUACAAAAAGAGGAAAUCCCCUCGUAAGAUCUGUUAAUAAAAUGUCCUUGGGGUUCUCAGCCCACCGUAUAAUGCAUAAGCCACUACCUUGUCCUCAUUCCCAUUUAUACUGUAUGUGAUUCCCAUCUCACCCGAGGGACCCAGAUCAAUAUAAAUGAAAUGGUAUAUGUGCAAAAUAAAUGUUAGGGACAUUUGUUUUCGAUACUGUUAGCAACAAAGAGGAUCAGAACUUUGGGGGCGACUUCAUUAGACUUAUGUGGCCAUAAGGGCAGCUUGCUUCCUCUGAACCAGAAGCAGGGAGCAUGCAGGAGAAGGCUGCAUUCUGCGAACUGUCCUGCAGGGAAGAUAGUGGGGAGGUGGAAGAGCCUGAGGUGUGCAGUGCUAGCAACUUCUCAGAAGCAGGCCUCCAGGGGCCGUCUCAGCCAACCCACUGCCUGCAUAUCCUGCUAAUGGCAGCCAGUAACCUCGACAAAAACACAUAAAUGGGAUGUGUUCCAACCUUGGCAGGGGCCCACGGGGCCACAAGACAGAAGUUCUAAACUGGAGUCAUAGACCACCCCUCACCACCCACCCCCACCAAAUCGCAUCCAAGAUUUGGCAUGUCCAUCUGUUUUUCAAGGGUGAGGAUCCAUAAUUUAUGUCAGAUUCUCAAAGGGGUCCAAGAUACCCCAAAAAUGGUAGGGACCAAGCUAUGCAUAAAAAUUAACCUGGAUAGGUAUGUGUGGUUGGGGGCGGGGAUGGGGGAUGUGAAUCUGAGCCUGGGGCUCGAGGAAGUUUUAUUUAACAAGGUCCUCAGAUUAGUUAAGUUUAUUAACAGUAUUCUACAGAUUUUUAUAUUGCCCAGAGAUGAUCGUUUUUAAUAUUUUGGGAUAUACCUUCUUUUCUAACUUAUUUUAUAUUAUAUUGUUUACUUAAUACAUACAAGUGAAUAAACAUACAUCUUCAUCAAUA